AUGUCCGCGUCGUUCUCCAGCGGCGGCAGCAGCCUACAAAUCGAUAGACUCGGCUCGGCGCACCUGCAGCUUGGGAUCCAGGGCCACGCCGACCGUUCGGGCAGGUCCCCGCGGCCAGAUGACCACGCGCGCGCCAAAAGAACGCUUGUCCGGCGCGUAAUCUGGCGCGCUGCCCCCUCCGCCGGCUCGACCGGUCGACCGCUGGAGAGCAAACGCCUCACGAGCACCUCGGCGGACAUCGAGCGGAGUGGCGGCGACGGGUGGCACGGGCGAGACGACGCAGAACACGUGUGGCCGAGUUCUUCGCCUUCUCCGGCAAGGUUUCCCGCGAACGUCGAGGAACGAGGCUCGCGCGCAGGGCCGGCGAGGUCGCUGAUGAAAGCUUCUGGACGCGCCGACGUGCGCCGUGGUCGGCUGGCUGGGGCGGCCUGGGCGGGGCAGCAGGAUCGAUGGCGGGCCGGCGCGCGGGAGAAAGACAAAGAAGACAGGCUUGGUUGGGGGACGGGAAAUACGGAGCGUCCGACGCACCAGGGUGAAGUACGGCGCCCAUCGCUGUUGGUGGGUGCGCUACGAACCUCCGCGAGCGGUCGCAUCGCCGCGGACGUGGCUCCGCGUCUCGCGGGCGAGUGUUUGGUCAUCGCGCGCGACGAUGCCGGCCGCGGUGCUCGCAUCCUGUUCUGGAUCACGACCGACCCCGAGCGGGGUACUGGAUCCGUUCUCGCCCGUUCGUGCGCACACGCGAUGUGGCGCGUGAUGCUGGGACGGCGGAUCUGUCCCGAAGACCGAUGUGAGGUCGAGCGAGGCUAG